AUGAGAAAAAGUAGCAGUAAUAAUAUGACGCUUACAGUAAGGGAAGACCAAAGAUAUAGUAAUUUAAGUGAUAGUAUUAGAAUUCCUAACAAUACUGGAUCAAAUAGUGAUAAAUCAGCUCCUUCUAGAAGAUCCGAUUUCAUUGGGAUUCUGAAUACUCAACCUUCACUAAAUUCUGGUAUCACAUUGAAUUCAAGUAUUAAUUCUGAUUCAGUACUUAGUGCGGAGUUAUACCGCUGUGACUUAAUGUAUGUAUCAUCUCGUAAUAAAGUACCGAUAACCCCAGUAGAAAGUUGUGAGUUACAACCCAUAGUUAUCGUGAAGGACAAUUUAGGUAGGUUAUGGGAUGAUGAUGAUGAUAAUCCAGAUAAUCCUGUAGUAAAUGGUUUAGCUACUAUAAUUUAUCGUUGGAGCAGAGGUCCAUCUAGGGCAGUUUGUACAUUUCAUCCAAGUCAAAUAGCAACUUUACAAUGUGCAGUAACUUUGAGAUGUUUCUGUAGCUCAGAAUGUUUUAAGAAAGGUUUUAAUCAACUACGUCGUUUCUAUGAUGCUAGAGGAAUGAAUCCUUUAUCACCACAUCCAAAUAGUCAUACAUAUGGUGUUCCUUGUAAACCAUUUCAAUUUAAUGAUCCAGAUAAUUCACUUAGAGAUCGAGAUGAUGCUCAUAUAACACUACUACUUAGGACAGGUUUAGUUCAUUUGUCCGAGAAUGAUGAGGAGUGGAUAUUAGUCGGUGAUCAGAGGAAUUAUAUACCAGUACCUGAGGAUGUUGGACAUCAAUUAAGAUUAGAAGUACAUAUUUUGUCUAAAAAUCAAUUUCAACGUGUAAAAGCUGCAAAUAUUUCUAAUUUUGGUUUUAUCUCUAACAAUUUAGGGAAUUCAACAGUAAAAUGUAGAUCAAUUAAAAAGGAUAUAAUUAAUUUAAUAGAAGACUUUGAGAAAAAACCUGGAACAUACUCAUGUAUAACAACAGCUUGUUGUGUUCCUAAUCUACCACAUGCCCCCCCUAGGAAUAUCUUAUCUAUACCAACAGUAACUAAUAAUAAUCACCAAAGUAAUGGAAAUGUUGGCAGUUUAGCUAGUAAUUCUCGGUUUAAAGUUUUAUCUUGGAAUAUACUAGCUGAAAUUUAUGCAAGUCAAGAGGCAUUUCCACAUUGUGAUGCUUAUAUGCUCUCUUGGACAUACCGCAAAACUAGGAUAAUAGUGGAAAUACUUAGUCACCAACCAGAUAUCGUCUGUUUACAGGAAGUACAGACUGAACACUUUGAUGAUUUCUUCAAACCGAUAUUACAGCAAUAUGGAUAUGAAGGGAUGUAUAAACAAAAAACAACUGAAAUAUUCACAUCUGGAAGUGGUAGAAGAAAAGAUGGAAAGUAUACUAUGGAUGGAUGUGCAACGUUUUAUAAAACAAACAAAUUUAUAGCAAGAGAAAAUUACUCACUAGAAUUCUCGGCUCUUAUUAAAGAAGCUACUCAUAGAACCUUACCAGCAGAAGUUAAAAAUAACCCUGCUGCAAUUAAACGACUUCUAAAAGAUAAUGUUGCAGUCGUUAUUCUUUUAGAAUAUAGACAAUCUGAUGGUAAUAAUGGAUCUUGUUUAAAUAGUGAUAAUAAUAAUGGAAAGAAUUCUGGUAAUUCAUGUGUAUCUUCAAACUCUACUCCAUUACAAGUUAUCAUUGCAAAUACACAUAUUGUUGCUAACCCUGAAGCUAAUGAUGUAAAGAUAUGGCAGGCUCAGACGCUUGUAUCUGUAUUGGAGGAAUACCUUCAUGACUGUUAUAGACGUCAGCCUGUUUUGCCUGGAUUAAUUAUAUGUGGAGAUUUCAAUAGUACUCCAGAUAGUGCCCUGUAUAGACUACUAGCAACAGGUACUUGUGAUAGAAAUCAUAAAGAUCUUGCUAUGGAUCGUCAUGGAUUAUUGGCUGAUUUACCAUUAGGUCAUUCUAUGAGACUUAGAAGUGCAUAUUCAAUGGCAAGAGCUGUUGUAGAAGGUCACAAUCCAAAUAUUAUCCCACGUUCAACAGAGACUUUAGAGCCUCUAUUUACUAACUAUACACCAAAUUACUUGGGAUGUUUAGAUUAUGUCUUUUAUACUGAUGAGAGACUUCGUCUUGGUAGUAUACUGGAGUUAUUAGAUGAAGAGGCGCUAAUUAAGGAGGCUUCUGCCUUACAACUUCCUGAUUGGUCCUUACCAAAUCCACAAAGACCUUCUGAUCAUCUUCCUUUACUUACAGAAUUUGAAUGGAACAACUAA